AUGUCGAGUAGGGAUUUAUUUUCUUCGCAUCUCCUUUAUGCGGAUGAUGUGCUCCUUUUCUGUAGGGCCACUGCGCGUAACAGCAUCGCGAUUGACUCUAUUUUGGAUAUCUAUGGUAGUGUCUCUGGUAAAGCUUUCGCGACGUGCCUUAUGGGUAUUAAGGAUCACAUUAUGGGGAAUUUUACUCGUUGGAAAGGUCAUCAUCUCUCGAUGGCUGGGCGUAUGUGCUUGGUCUCCUCUGUGGUUCACAGUGCUGCCACUCAUAGCAUGCUUGUCUAUCGCUGGCCGACUAGGCAACUCAAUGAGUUGGACAAGGCUUGUCGCAACUUCAUUUGGACUGGAGAUGCUAGACGCUCUCACUCGUCGGUCAGCUGGACGAAAGUUUGCAAGCCUAAGUUUGCAGGGUUGCAUCCUCGUUCUCGUUGGGCCUCUUCUACUGUUUGGAAAGGCGUUCGCAGUACGAUUGAAACUUUGAGAGAUGACUCCUUCUGCUCCAUGGGAAAUGUCUCCUCGGUUUUAUAUUGGCUGGACAAUUGGAUGGGUUACAAAAUCAUGGACCAUCUGAAGUUUCCGGCCUAUAUUCAUCCAUACCUCAUGCACACUGUGGUUGAUUAUUUAGUCGAGGGAGUUUGGCAUCUGACCAUGGGUUUCACGGAGCCUUACCCGGAGAUUGCUUAUGAUAUUAUUACUACCCCUAUUAGUCAAUCGAUAGACUCUAGAGCUUGGGUUCACAAUGAUUUUGGUUUGGUCACUGCUACUUCGGCUAGGCGCCAUCUUCUAGCUAGUGACAAUUUGGUGGAUUGGGGCUCUUGGAUUUGGGCAAGUCAUAUCCCUGUUCGCCAUACUUUGGUUCUUUGGCGUUAG